UUGUGUGGUGUGUGUUCUGGAGUUUGGGAAUGUGUUAUGUGUUAUUUUGUUUGAGCAGGUAUUUGUGAUGAUAGAUCUUGAGAAGAUCUUUCCGACGCAACAAGAAUCUCUUCAAUUGGAGCAACAACGCGAAAGCUAUGAAGAUUCAAAGUUCAUGAGCUUGCGUUACAAUUGCGGCGGUUACUAAGUGAAGUUGUGGGGUGAAUUUAUAUGGAGUUGGGACCUUUGGGGUUUGGGAAAUUUGUCACUCUACUGUAACAGCUGCAAAUUGGUUGGGAACAACCAAGCUAGGUUGGCAAGGGUGGCCAACUUGGAUGGAUUGGUUGGGAAGGGACAAAGAUUCUUGAACUUUGAUUGAACUCUUGAGAUUGAGUUAAGUUCUCCUCCUACAGCUUACCCCCUAAUGCGUCGAAAGCCAUAGCGUCGCGAAUACUUCAUCAAUCAACGUGAUUCAAAUUGGGAACGGUAGCUGAGAUUAAGAGCUACAACAUAUCCAAGUUUCGCGACAUUCCAACGGCUAGUUUUUCGUCGACGUUGUUUCUUGUGAAGACGACUUUUCUGUCCAGAAUUUCGGAUUUAUAUUUUGAGUAAUUCUAGCUCCUAAGUUCACCUAGACUCUUGGUGUUCUAAAGGUUGGAUGUGUCUUCCGCUAAGGGAAACUCUGCCGAAAUUUCGUGGACGCCGACACUUGUGAAAAUAUCGAGGGAGCUGAGUGUGGACAGCAAAGGGGGGCUGAAAUUCGUCAUUUCUCAAGGAGAAGAUGAAUGAGAGAGGAGGAGAUGCUAAUGGAAGAGGAGCUUUAGCUGAGAAGACAAGUGAGCCGCCGCCAUCAAAAGUUGAAGCUUUGGAUGGCUCCAACUAUGAGGAAUGGAGCGGACGGAUGAGGAGUGCCUUCAAACGCUACAAGCUACUGAAGAUUGCUGUUGGGGAAGAGAAGAUGCCGGAAGAAGGCGAAGCACGCGAACGGUGGAUUGAGAAAAGCGCGGUGCUUUUCGACCUCAUCCUUCAAUCGGUCAACAAGGAGAUGUUCGAGCACAUCAAGGAUCUUGUGGAAGCGGAUGAUUCGGGUCCAAGGGCGUGGAAACUACUACGCGAUGUGAUUCAGCCCAACACUCUCCCGAUGGUGAUCGUGCUCGAGAAGGAACUUGCUGCCAUCUCCAUGCGACCAGGGGACGAUGUGAAGCCGGUCCUUGACAAGAUCAAGGACACCUAUGCAAGGAUGGCAGCAGCGGGCAGCAGUGUAUCUCAGCUGCAGCAGUGCACCAAGAUCAUCUCGGUGUUGGACAACUCGUGGGAUAACCUCAUCCCCACCCUCAACUCUCAGCAAGAUCAAUGGACACCUGAGUGGCUAAGGCAGCAGAUUCUGCAGGAGGACUUCCGCAGACGCCAUGUGGGAGGCGGUGCUGCCACUAAGACUGCUGAGGGGUAUGGAGCUGCAGGGCGCGGCAGAGGAAGAGGGGGUUGGAAAGGCCGAGGCCGUGGGAGGAGCUUUGGCAGAGGUAGAGGCCGAGGUGACUAUAAUGAGGGGCAUGGAAGCUCCAGUGGCAGGGGGAGCACCAGAAUGGAGGGCACCUGCUGGUACUGCAAGAAGAUCGGGCAUCCUUGGUUCAAGUGCUUCAGCAGGCCGGAGGGAUGGUCACCUCCAGGCAUGAAGCCGCCAAGUGGUGAACGCGCACAAGGUGGCGCUGUGCAAGGCUCAGGUGCACAAGGUGAAGGUGCACAAGGUAACGCCUAUCCUGGGAUGUAUCUUAUGGUUGAGGAUGUGCAUGGGCAUGAGGGUGAUGUGGGAUCUGUGGGAAAGGUUGUGAUGCACCCUCUCACGCACUGGGUGAUUGAUUCAGGUUGCACCAGUCACAUGACCCCACGGGCAGAUUUGCUUGAUGAGGUAAAACCCCCUGGGAAGAUUAAGUAUGUGGCAGCAGCGUCAGGUGCUUUGCUCCCCGUGAUUGGUGUUGGGAAUGCCAAGGUUAAGGGAGCUAAUGGGGAGCUUGUGGGGCUUGGGAAUGUUCUGCUGGUUAAAGGCUUGUCUGCUAACCUUCUCUCUGUGCGGCGACUGCAGAAGAGUAAGGCCGAAGUGACCUUUGGACCAACCAGCUGCCGUGCUAAGCUUGGGAAGAAGGUGCUGUGGAGUCUGGAAGAGGAGACCAGCUGCAUCAAGGACCUGUGGCAGCUGCCCAUCAUCCCUUGGAAUGGGAAGACUCCAACAGCAGUAGAGCAGCAGCAGCAGCAGCAUGAGUCUCCACCUCGAGUUCCACACCCGCCUGAGCGUCCUAGGAGGGAUGUGCGCCCUCCAGUGAGGCUGACCUAUGGGGGAAGAGGCAGGCCGAAUGUGGUGCAGGCUGGGAGUGUGGUUGAGCAGAUUGAGGAAGAUGAGAUCGCUCACUGCUACUGGGCACCAAUCCCUGAGCCCAAGACUCGAGAAGAGGCCUUGAAUGGACCAAAUGGGGAGAAGUGGAAGGCGAGUGAGGAUGAGGAGUUCGGGUCCCUAAUUGAGAACGAGACAUGGGACCUGUGUGACUUGCCUCCUGGAAAGAAGGCAAUCACUUCCAAGAUGAUCUACAGGCACAAGUAUGGACCUGAAGGGGAGCUGACCCGCUACAAGUCUAGGCUUGUGGCACGGGGGUUUCAGCAGACAAAGGGGAAGGACUAUGAUGAGGUGUUUGCUCCUGUGGGGAAAGGAACAACACUGAGGGUGCUGUUAGCGAUAGCUGCACUCCUGGGAUGGAAGAUACGGCAGAUGGACAUUGUGACUGCCUUUCUGAAUGGGAUCAUUCUGGAGGAGGUGUACAUGAAGCAGCCAGAGGGGCUGGAUGAUGGGAGCGGCAGGGUCUGCAGGCUGAAGAAGGCCAUUUAUGGCCUUAAGCAGGCGCCUCGUGCAUGGUAUCACAAGUUGGAGGAGGCGCUGUUGGCUGGGGGUUUCAAGAAGAGUGAGUGUGACCCCAGCCUGUUCCUGCUGCAGGAGAAGGAUGAAAUCCUCAUGCUCUUGGUGUACGUGGAUGAUAUCCUUCUCUUUUCUGCAUCCACUGCUUUGCUGGACAGCGCAGAGCAGAUGCUGGAGAUGCAGUUCAAGUGCUCCAAGAUGGGUGAGGUGAAGUACUACUUGGGGAUGCACGUGGAGAGAGAUGUGGAGAAGGGUGUGCUGAGGUUGCACCAGAGGAAGUACUGUGAGGGGCUGGCUGAAAAGUAUGGGCUGCAAGAUGGGGGAAAGCCAGCAACACCACUACCUUCAGGGUUUACUGUGGAGCCAUGUGCUGAUGAGGAGGUAGUGGGUGAGAGUGACAGAAAGCUGUUUCAUUCGAUGGUUGGGUCGCUGAAUUAUGCUGCAAAUCAUACACGGCCUGAUAUUGCAUUUGCUACAUCACGAUUGGCUAGUGUGGUCUCACGCCCUAGUCAUGAGCAGCUGGAAGCGGCCAAGAGGUUGGUCCGCUAUGUGAGUGCUACGGCAUCAGUGGGAUUGGAGUACAGUGGAGUGAGGCAGCGGUUGCAGAGAGGUGCUGCAGAUGUGAAGAGUGGAGAGAUGCUCUUGAGUUGCUAUACUGACGCUAGCUUCAACUCAGUGAAAGCGGAUGGCACCAGCAUUGGGGGUUAUGUGUGCUUGCUAGGAGGUGGUGCUGUGAGCUGGCGCAGCAAGAAGCAAAAUGAGGUGGGAUUGUCCUCAUGUGAGACUGAGUACAUGGCCUUACACCAUGGGGCCAAGGAAGUAGUGUGGCUAAGGCGUUUGUUGGAGGAGUUGGGAGUUGGUCAGGAGGAGCCGACAGUUGUGUUUUGUGACAAUGAGUCCGCUGUGAAGCUCGCCAAGAAUGCUUGUCUGCAUGGGCUGACAAAACACAUAAGGCCUAAGUGGCAUUGGGUGAGGAGACUCCUUGAUAAGGAGGUGCGGCUGGAGAUAGUGAAGACCCAUCAGCAGGCAGCAGAUAUUUUCACCAAGCGUCUGGCGGAGGCGGAUCAUUGGAAGGGCAUGAAGCUUGCUGGGAUGAGUGUGCAUUGAGUAUGCAUGCUUGAGAUGUGGUAUGGUGGAUGAUGGUUGGCAGCCAGAGGGGGAGAUUGUUGUGUGAUGUCAUCAUAUGCUAUCACAUUCUGUCUGCCUCCCAUCCCAUGUUUUCAACUUGCAUGUGUGGUUUGAAUGUGCAAGCAUUUGUGUGGUGUGUGUUCUGGAGUUUGGGAAUGUGUUAUGUGUUAUUUUGUUUGAGCAGGUAUUUGUGAUGAUAGAUCUUGAGAAGAUCUUUCCGACGCAACAAGAAUCUCUUCAAUUGGAGCAACAACGCGAAAGCUAUGAAGAUUCAAAGUUCAUGAGCUUGCGUUACAAUUGCGGCGGUUACUAAGUGAAGUUGUGGGGUGAAUUUAUAUGGAGUUGGGACCUUUGGGGUUUGGGAAAUUUGUCACUCUACUGUAACAGCUGCAAAUUGGUUGGGAACAACCAAGCUAGGUUGGCAAGGGUGGCCAACUUGGAUGGAUUGGUUGGGAAGGGACAAAGGUCAAAGUUGAGGUUCCUAUAGGGAGGGAAUCUUUGUGCUUAUGGGGUUUCCUUGGUUGGGGACUCUCUUGGGACCUUCCCUCUCAUCCCUCUCUUCCUAUCCCAACCUUUCUCUUGCUCCUUCUAAUUCCUUGUGAGAUUCUUGAACUUUGAUUGAACUCUUGAGAUUGAGUUAAGUUCUCCUCCUACAGCUUACCCCCUAAUGCGUCGAAAGCCAUAGCGUCGCGAAUACUUCAUCAAUCAACGUGAUUCAAAUUGGGAACGGUAGCUGAGAUUAAGAGCUACAACAUAUCCAAGUUUCGCGACAUUCCAACGGCUAGUUUUUCGUCGACGUUGUUUCUUGUGAAGACGACUUUUCUGUCCAGAAUUUCGGAUUUAUAUUUUGAGUAAUUCUAGCUCCUAAGUUCACCUAGACUCUGUCCUUAAUC